CACAAAACACACCACAUGCAUUGCAUGCCAGUGCUCUCAAGUCGAGGUCGAGAGACUUAGUUUGCCGGCUUGAAGUUAGUGCUUAGAUAAUAGUUUUUUCUCGGGAAAAUACGAAGAUAUUUAGUAUAGAAAGUGUUUCACCAUGUCAUCUACAAACGAAAGAAUUAUUUGUGUACCAGGACAAGUUCUGUGUGCCUCUUCAAACGACCACGUCGCUGGCCAGGGCACAUUUGAGCGGAUGGGAUACAUCUACGCUUCUCUGGCAGGCGUGGUCAAAGUAGAGAAAAAACUUGAGAUCAAUAUUGUUCAAGUGCAAAGUCUGAAGGAGCAGAGCACAGUGCCCUCCCCUGGAGACAUAGUCACGGCUCGAGUUCUCAUCGUCAAGUCCAGACAGUGCAUGUGCGAAAUCAAAUGCAUUGGAGACAUCACCCUGACCAGGCCAUUCAGGGCUGUCCUCAGACAGGAAGACGUGAGAGCGACAGAAAAGGACAGAGUCAAGAUGUACGAGUCCUUCGCACCUGGAGACAUUAUUCUCGCUCGAGUUCUUCCUAUUAUGGAUGUGCACACCUACCAACUGUCAACAGCAGAAAAUGAGCUUGGCGUCGUCAUCUCUAAUAGUGAAGCUGGUGUACCAAUGGUUCCUAUUAGCUGGACGGAAAUGCAGUGCCCUGUCAACUUCACAAAAAAGCUUAGAAAAGUUGCCAAAGUGAUUCCUGAAAACAUCGACAUGGACAUGGAAGACAACACAGAGACAGAGAAAAAGCCAAAUAUAUCAUAAAUGUGAGUACCAGUUUUGAUUAUCCUGUUUGAUUAUGCUUCCUGUUUCUUACAUUUGCAUGUGCUUUUUUUCUAUAUGUAAGAAGUCGGUCUUUUUAUCGUACAACAAACUCGGAGCUACUUAUUUUUAAAUUUUUUAUUUACAAUAAAGUUUCAACAUCAUAUUAGGAACAAAACAAACAUUUUUAGGAUUGCUUCAGCAUUGCUUUAAACAUACCAAACCCCAGACAAAAACAUAUGAGGACAAGUUUGAGGUUGCCUAAAAAAAGUCUGCUCUUUUGAAAAAUCCAAAUCGUCCAUCUAAAGGGACCAAAAUCUUAAAUUCGAAAAAAUUCUGUUUGUUUACUUCUUAAAUUCGAGUGCCAGCGUCAACAGUAAGAUCAAUUUUUUGUUGCCCUUCCUUCCUUCCUUUCGGUUCCCCUUUAAUUCGGCGUCAGCAACUCCUCCUGCACGCUAAUCGACCUGGCCAACUUGACCUCAACAGGAAUGGCCUUUGGUCUCUUCUCCUCAAUGGCUGCCGCCGCCCUCGCUUUCUCUCCGUGAUACUGCUCACUGAAAUCCUGAGGGGAAAAAUUCCGAUCAGAUAAAAUAUCUUAAAUAUCUUGCAAUAGAUUUUCAGCAAUAUUUUGCAGAAAUCAUUUUUUUUCUUGCAAAAAUAAAAAAAUAACGCGAAUAUAAAGGGAAAAAUUCUACUGCAUUGUAGAAUUAUAAUUUUAAAACGUUAUUUUUACUGCCGUUAUCUCUACCCUUAACUCAGGUCAAAGUUUUACACAAAUAACUUAACAUUAAAAAACUUAGAACUUUAGUUUUUUUGCAACCUUUGAUUCCAAUUUAAAAUUUUCAUUUUGAUUUAAUUUUAAAGAAGCUCACCUUUAGCCUGUUGCCAAGGAAAAUUGCCCUCUCCCUCUUCUUAACUAGGUGGUCUGUUGGCAAAAGCCAUCUGUGUUCUUGGCAUUCUUCGGCUGUGGGUCGCUUGCUGCAAAAUAAUUCAUUUUUUAAUUUCCUGCUUGUUUUCUUUUUGCUUGAACUCACCUAGGUGUGCGCUUGAAAAUAAACAUAAGGAAGCGAGUUGCUUCCGCAGUCAACUCCUUGUAAAGGUGCUCAAAUCUGUAUCUGACGUAGGUGAUGUUGGCUUUGGUUUCCUCCACGGUCUCGGCCCUGUAGGGAGACACGCCAGACAGCAGCAAGUAUGUCAGGGUGCCAAGCGACCAGACGUCACUCUGCGGGAACGCUGGCUCGUUGUUCAAGAUUUCAGGGGCUGUUCAAAUAAAAUAAUUUAGUCGUGGAGACGAAUAAACGUCAUUUUUUACAAUUGAGAAA